AAGUGUCGGAAAACAUCAGGGAGGGCUAGAGAAAGAAAGCAGCGACAGGCAAAUGUCACAAUUCACCUUUUAAUGGCGCAAAUUGACUUUUAAAAACUAAAAGCGUCGUUUUUCUUCGAGUGUUGACAAGAGACCAGUGGUGUCGUUUUUUUUUUUUUUCCAUGCGAGGAGCGCAAAUCUCGGGGAGAAGCCACAGGUCUUUCGUUUGGACCCGUCUUUUCGCUGUUUUGGUUUAUUUAAUUUUUUUGUUUGUGUACAAAGUGGACCGAAUGAGCCCGUCAGCUUCGAGGACGGAAGUGAGCUGCGCGGGCAUCCUUGCCGAGGAGAGGCGCUGUCCUCGGUCCUGAAGACCCACAGGGGACCCCAAACUCCUGACCUUGUUACGUGUGGAAGUUCUACUGCUCAAAAGUCAACUUUCGGGUACAGCUACUGAACAAGCUGAAUAUGCAAACUCCAAAGAGAGUUCAUCUACAAACUUUGCUGCUUUUGGUCUAUUUGGGCUGAAUAGUUGCCAUGGUGAGCAGCUUCCGGCCUGCGGGUCAUACGAUUAACACCAUCAAAUUCGAGGAUAGUACACCCUACAUUUCUACACUAACUUUACUGUGCCAAGUUUUUUGCGGCGAUGAUAAUCACACACUCAUUUCCGAUUCCAGUGCACUUAAGCAAGCCAGUAUGUGUGGAGGCACCCUCAGAGACCAAUGCGGUUCUGGGAAAGAUGAUGAAGUUGACUUGCAUCUCAUGUUUGAAACGUGAGGAAGUGAAAGCCAAGACCUAUGUAAACUGGUACUACAUGACCAAGGUGGAACAAGGUGUUACUCCAGACAAAACCCUUAUAUACAAGUAUGAAGAUGAUUUUCCUAUGGAGUUGAAUGGACCUUUCAAGGGCCGCCUGGUGUGGAAUGGCAGCCAGGACCUUCAAGAUCUUUCCAUCAGCAUUGUGAACGUCACCUACAACGACAGCGGCGUUUACGAAUGCCACGUGCUUCGCGUGUUCGAGUUCGACUCCUUCACUCCGUCAGCUUUUAUCAUGAGGAACCUCACAUUGAAGGUGAUCGAGGAAGCCAGCCCAGACGCCACAGCCCUUUACUCAGAGAUCAUGAUGUACUUGCUUCUGGUCUUCUUGACCUUCUGGCUGCUGGUGGAGAUGGUGUACUGCUACCGCAAGAUCUCAAAGUCUGACGAGUUGGUGCAGGACAUUGGUGUGACUUGUCCCUGUGCUUGCCCAUUGAUUUCACCUGUUGUGCCUGCUCCUGUUGUAUCCUCCAACUGCAUCCUCCUGUGUCACCCGCCUGUUCCUCAUUGACUCGUUACCCCGUGUCUGCGUGUGUAUACUAGUACAGCAUAUAAGCUCCCCAUUUUUGUUGAGUCUUGUCGUGACAUUGUCAAUGUCCAUGUGCACGUCAGGAUCUGUUCUCGUCAGUUUUCUAUGUCCAAGCCCUCGUGUUUUUUUGUACCUAGCCUUUUGUCAGUCACCUGAGUUUUGUUUGCGUCUGUGUUAUUUUUUGGCUCUCCACAGUAUUGGUUGUACUUUGUUUUUUGUUUGCCUUAAUUAAAUCAUUUUUGCACUGCCAGUCUGCUUCACCUCUCUUUUCCUGUAAUUGGGUCCACACCACCUCCCUACCCGCGUUAUUUGACACAAUUUAUCUAUAAGGUGACCUUAUCAUGCCUUUGACAGUUUAUCUAUUAUUGAUGAGUAUGUAGCAGAAAAUAAGCGAAGUGACUGCUUAUUAUUCAAAAAUGUUGAACCCCAAAUGUCCUCAUAUUGUACAUAUAGAAACAUGCUUUACAUGCAUACAUACAUACCUACAUAUAGUACAUGCUUUUAUUUUGACAUCGGCGCUAUAAAUCCAAAAAAUUGUGAUUUGGAUGAUUGAGUACAUGCACUACAGCACUUCGCCCCCUCUCAAAACGGCGCCGUAAAUAGCAGCUAAUGAGUUGGAAAAAGUGACCCCAAAAUGCCCCAAAAUCAACAGGAAAUGCCCCGGAAUCAACAAGAAGCGACCAAUGAACAGGUAGCUGCCUGGACAUGCCCCCCAAAAAUAGGAAAUGACCCAAAAUUUACAGGAAGUGAACCCAAAGGAAAAGAAGACCCUUAAUUACCCUAAGAUUACAAGGAAGUGACGCAAAACUAACUCAUUGCCUGCCAUCGACAAAAAUAGAUGUCCAAUUCACUUGAACUGGGAGAACUGGCUGUGGAUGCUUAUCUUUCAGCGCCAUUGACAGCACUGUUUAUUCAAUGAACGUCUUGCGCCGUCAAUGCCAGCCAGUGAGUUCACUUAUUUCAUAGACUUCAUAAUGAUAGACGGGAAUUGGGGUGCGGAGCCGAUUAAUCCGGGAUCUCCAUCAAAGCUGACAGAGUGGAAACGCAUACAAAGAGCUUUUUACGUUGAAAAUUCUUGUGAAUAAAUGCUUAAAUCCCUGAAUUCUUUAUAAAU